CCUGGACCCCUGGGCAGUGGGAGCCGGGAAGGGGCCAGUUAAAGGGCCGGGGGCACUGUGGAGAGGUGGGGUGGGGGGAGGGGAGCUGUGACUCAGACCCCGGACUGAGUGGGGCCCGGGCAGAAGCUGAGCACCCUGCGCCCGAGGAGCCCCCGUUGGCCUGGGGGGGGCUGAGGGACUGAGCCCCCCAGAGCAGGACCUCCCCCUGGAAGGGCCGCGCCGCAGCCCGUGGGAGGGCCUCGCCCCUGGCGCCCCCCAUCUCCACUCGCCGCCGUCCCGGCCUCCGCCGGAGGGAGGGGCCGAGCGCCCUCGGGGGGGCCGUGGACCCCGGCGUUCUGAGCGUUCCGCGCCCCGCGCCGCCCGGCCCCCCCCGCCGCCGAUGGCCGCCGACCCGCCGGGAGCUGCCGAGAAGGGAGAGAUGGCUCCCGGGACACGUGUGAGCCCUCGGCGUUGCUGACGCCCCCAAUGUCGUCGAGCAGCCGGGGGCCGGGGGCCGGAGCGCGCCGACGCCGAACCCGCUGCCGCCGCUGCCGGGCCUGUGUGCGAACUGAGUGCGGGGACUGCCACUUCUGCCGAGACAUGAAGAAGUUCGGGGGGCCCGGGCGCAUGAAGCAGUCGUGCCUGCUCCGGCAGUGCACUGCCCCCGUGCUCCCACACACAGCUGUGUGCCUCUUAUGUGGGGAGGCUGGGAAGGAGGACACAGUGGAGGGAGAGGAAGAGAAAUUUGGUUUGAGCCUCAUGGAGUGUACAAUCUGCAAUGAGAUCGUCCACCCUGGCUGCCUGAAGAUGGGGAAGGCUGAGGGUGUCAUCAAUGCGGAGAUCCCUAACUGCUGGGAGUGCCCUCGAUGCACCCAGGAAGGCCGGACCAGCAAGGAUUCAGGUGAGGGACCAGGCCGCCGCAGGGCUGACAACGGCGAGGAGGGCGCCAGCCUGGGGAGUGGAUGGAAGCUGACGGAGGAGCCGCCGCUUCCACCACCCCCACCCAGGCGCAAGGGCCCCCUACCUGCUGGGCCCCCCCCAGAGGACGUGCCUGGGCCCCCCAAAAGAAAGGAGAGGGAGGCAGGGAAUGAGCCCCCCACCCCAAGGAAAAAGGUGAAAGGAGGCCGAGAGAGGCACCUGAAGAAGGUGGGUGGAGAUGCCUGCCUCCUCCGAGGAUCGGACCCAGGCGGCCCCGGCCUUCUGCCCCCCAGGGUUCUGAAUCCAAGCCAGGCUUUCUCGUCCUGCCACCCUGGGCUCCCUCCCGAGAACUGGGAGAAACCAAAGCCGCCUUUGGCCUCUGCUGAGGGCCCGGCAGUGCCGUCCCCAUCGCCACAGAGGGAGAAGCUAGAACGUUUCAAGCGCAUGUGCCAGCUGCUGGAGCGGGUGCCUGACACCUCCUCGUCCUCCUCAGACUCGGAUUCUGACUCCGACUCUUCAGGCACAUCGCUGAGUGAGGAUGAGGCCCCUGGCGAGGCCCGGAAUGGGCGACGGCCAGCCCGGGGCAGCUCGGGCGAGAAGGAGAACCGCGGGGGGCGGCGGGCUGUGCGCCCUGGCAGUGGGGGGCCCCUCCUCAGCUGGCCCCUGGGCCCCGCCCCACCGCCCCGGCCCCCACAGCUGGAGAGGCACGUGGUACGGCCCCCACCUCGAAGCCCUGAGCCCGACACGCUGCCUUUGGCUGCUGGAUCCGACCACCCCCUGCCCCGUGCCGCCUGGCUUCGUGUCUUCCAGCACCUCGGGCCCCGAGAGCUGUGCAUUUGCAUGCGAGUCUGCCGGACUUGGAGCCGCUGGUGCUAUGACAAGCGUCUGUGGCCUCGAAUGGACCUGAGCCGGCGAAAGUCACUGACCCCGCCCAUGCUCAGUGGUGUGGUUCGUCGCCAGCCCCGAGCCCUGGACCUCAGCUGGACAGGUGUCUCCAAGAAGCAGCUCAUGUGGCUUCUGAACCGACUGCAAGGCCUGCAGGAGCUGGUGCUCUCCGGCUGCUCCUGGCUCUCCGUCUCUGCCCUGGGCUCAGCCCCACUGCCGGCCCUGCGGCUCCUGGACCUUCGCUGGAUUGAGGAUGUUAAAGACUCCCAGCUGCGUGAGCUGCUGCUGCCUCCACCAGACACCAAACCAGGGCAAACAGAGAGCCGUGGGCGGCUGCAGGGGGUAGCAGAGCUGCGCCUGGCGGGCCUGGAGCUGACAGAUGCCUCCCUGCGGCUCCUCCUGCGCCACGCACCCCAGCUGAGCGCCCUGGACCUGAGCCACUGCGCCCACGUCGGAGAUCCCAGUGUCCACCUACUCACAGCCCCCACUUCCCCACUCCGGGAGACCCUGGUGCACCUCAAUCUUGCUGGUUGCCACCGCCUCACGGACCACUGCCUCCCGCUGUUCCGCCGCUGCCCGCGCCUCCGCCGCCUAGACCUGCGCUCCUGCCGCCAGCUCUCACCUGAAGCUUGUGCCCGGCUGGCAGCUGCUGGGCCCCCUGGCCCCUUCCGCUGCCCAGAGGAGAAGCUACUUCUCAAGGACAGCUAGUUGGGUGCCCCCCCACCCUCCCCCAGGACUCAUCAGGAGCCUGGACCUCGGGCCUUCAUUUUAUCCCUGCCAGGAGGCCAGGUUACCCACCUCAUGACUUGGGAUUCCUGCCCAGGGACUCGAGCCAGCCUCCCCCCCCUUUCUGCCCCCUGCACUGAUAUCUCUGGGGGUCUCUCCUUCCCAUCCCCUCUCCCUUCCACCUGCUUCAUUGUCCAUCCCCUGGGGGGAGUGGGUCAGAGGUACUGGGGGUUGCUGAGCCAAAGGGAUGGUGGGAGGGGGGUAAGGUGCAAGUUUGAGGGAGGGAAAUCGGGGAAAGGGUAUCUGCACACAGGAUACUGGGAGCCAGGGGGGCUGGGGGAGGUGGAGGAUGGGCUGGGGGAGGGGGGACAGAAAGCAGACCACCAAGGGUUCAGGGAACAAAGACCAGAUACUUGGAGUUGGGGGGUGGGGGGGGGCCAAAAAGGGAAACCAGAGGAGUAAUUGGGGAUCCACA